AUGACGCUUCAUAUUUCGACUGUUAUAUUAUUAAUGAUCAGUAUUCUUACAUCUCACGUAUUUUCAUAUUGCAUUCAAGGAGCACUUCAAUCCGAAACAACGAAAUUUGGUAAUACUGUUAAAUAUUGUGAAUAUAAUAAAAUCAAAGUAUUACCUGGUGCUUCAUUUAAAUUAACUGCACCGGAUUGUCUUGACUGUAAAUGUUUAACAGGCGGUUUAGAAUGUUGUGGUUAUGGUUUUGCAACAGGCACAGUUGCAGCACCUGAAGGAUGUAUAGCUUAUAAUGAUGCAUGUAAUUUGGUCUUUGUUAAAAAAGAUAAUGCAUCUGAAUUAUGUUUCCCACCAAAACCUAUGAAAAAAGGUAAGAAAAAUAUGAAAGAUACAAAAAAUACGAAAGAUGCAAAAAGUAAGAAAACUGCUACUUAA